GCUAAACGUUUUCCUGUUCCUGUUACAGGUUUCGAUGGACGCCAUGAAGUACUCUAUGGAGGCUGACAAGUAUCGCGCUGCCUAUAUGCCGCCCAGCACUCUAGCAAUGAGCAUGUACCCAGAUCCCAAGUACCUGGAUUCAUCCAAUGCUAAGGCCUACUGCCUGGACCGUACCUACUUGGACGCGAAAGCGUACUUCGAGCAGUCGAAGUUGUACAUGGAUCAGAAACCGACUAUCGAAUACAAUCGACCCAGCUACGAGCCCAACAAGCUUUACGAGGAAUCCAGCCCGGGCAGCAUCGUCGGCGGUAGCGGGCCUGCAAGGUCACCGCCCGCGGAAUCGCCAGACACGAGCAAGCAACACGAAAGGACGGAGCAGGGUUCGUCCAGCGCGAGUUCGACGUCAACGUCAUCGGCCGCGAGCCCCGGCGCACCUCUGCCGACGGCUUACUAUCCCGGAUCGGUCCAACCCGGCGGCUUGCUGGCUCCGCAGAUGGGCCAGUACCCUCCCGCGUACCAAAUGUCACCGGCAUCGGGAAGCGAGUCCUCUUUUCGACGACCGUUGGUCAUCUUGUGACCCGAUAGAGCGUAGCUCUGAUCUAUCUUCGAGGAGCAGUUGCUGUGAUGGCUACCGCAGACUCGACGGACCGAAACGACGGUACCCGACGGAAACGCAGACUUUUCCGGAUAUUAUCAGUCGCGGUUCCGAUGAUCAGAAGAAGGAGAUGUAAUUCCUCAAGAAGGAUAAUUUCCACGUGUCUCUCUGUGACCAUGAUGACCGUGGAUUUAACGAGACGAAAGUUGAACGUUACGUAUGAUAAAAUCAUUGAGGAAAAAUAUUUAUUUCUUAAAAAAUCAAGCCGAUUAACUAAAAACAUUCCUGGAUUCUGUCAAAUUUUCCAACAAUGACUAUUUCCUCAUCAUAAUGGCUAUCACUGAUUUGGCCGAAACUUGCACCAAUCAUCAUCAUCAUCAUCAUCAUCAAUUAUGAAGUCUUUUUGAAUAUCCUCGAUUCUUUUCUAUACAGAAGAAUUCUAGCAAUUCUUGAAAAAGAUUCCGCGGUGGAUUGAGUGCGCGAUGAAUGAAAAUCUCAUGAAUCAAUUAAAUGAAAUUUGAAGAAGUGAAAAAGAAGAGAACACCGAUACUUUCUAAAAUGGAGGUACCUAGGCAAACGAUCUAAUAAAAAAAUUAUUAUAUAGAAGACAUUCUUAAUCCAACAUCUGCCGUUCGAGACGAUCAACCUGGAAGAAUUUUAUCGUCUAAGAAAGAUUAAGCAUUUUCCUGACGGCAAGAUAUAAUCAAUAUAGCGUCGCUCUAGCAGCAGAAUUAAAUCUGGCCAAUGGACUACUUCGAGAGACGGAGAGACGACUGACGACAGUAACGUCGUUAUAGAUGACAACGAAGACCGGGAGGACUUUCGCUGUGUCGUCGGCUGACUAGUCUUGACCGAGACGUGUUGAGAAUAAAUUGUACAUAGCCCCUGUGUAAAUAGUGUAGCAAAAACUUUGUUUCUUCGCGAUUUCCGCGCGUGAAUUCGCUUUCUUACGGUCUCUCCAUCCAGGAACGCUAGAGGCUCGUAAUCUUUGAGAAGGAUGCAGUACAAAUGGAAUCAUAUGAAUUACAAGAGCUGUGUCGUGAGUGUUCGAUCUCGUGGAAACGACGUAAGAACAACUUUCACUUUAAUUUUUUUCCUUUCUUUCUAUUUAAUAUCAAUGAAAAGAUAAUGCAAAGCGCGAAAAUUUUCUUCCUGUAAAAAGUUUUAUUUAAUUUUUAUUCGCGUGUUACGCGAAUAAAAACGGUCCGUUCUAUGGGCAGAUAAGUAGAUAAUGAAUUUUAUUCGUUUAUUCGCGAUCAUGACGUCGCAUUUUGCCGGUUAAUCAUUAUCUGCUGUAUUAAUUUAACUAUAAUUUUACUGUUAAUUGGACGAUCAAUUUAAUGGUUUCACUUGCUUCAAUGUGAAACUAAAAUGUAUAUUAAAAUGUAUAUUUAUUAUUAAUUUUUAAUAUAUUCUUCUACACUCGAGCACUUCUACAAUCGAACCUUAGCCUAAUUUAAUAAUUUUCUUCCAUUCAGCCCUUCGUGUAGGCUAAAUAAAAGAAAAUUAUUAAAUUUGUGUGUGGGCUGUUCGAUUUUCUUUUGUUAAGUUUUUCGCAACAAUACACGGAAAAAAAAUUAUGCUGUAUCAACAGCAUCAGUAUAAUUGAGAUAAAAUCUAUUGAUUCAACAUCAAUAUUAAUAAACAAAAAACAUCAGAUAGUUGUUUUAAUAAUUUAAAUAUUUGACUCAAUAAUAUCUAAUUGAAUUAACUAUUUAUAUUUGUGGCAGCCCGUGACGUCAACAUUUAAUUGAAGCAACUUCAUUUUUUUUUAAUUGAACAUUUUUUUGUGUAGGUCUUUCCGUGAUAAGAUUGUCAUGUACCCUAUGCCCAACCUGGGGAACCAGGCGGCGAUCAAAUUAUUGAAUAAAAACCAACGAUUCUUAUUGUUAGUUGGAUUUGCGUAACUCGGCUCAUUGGAGCAGCGCAUAUCUUUUUGGGGCAUACUUUUAUACCCGAGAACGGGCACCUGGAGCUACUUAGACGCCUCAGUGUUGAAAAAAUGAAGCUCACGUCAUAGUAAUUAUAUAGUGCCUUUUUUUCUUUCGUUUUUUAAAUAUUUCUUUUAUUUCUCCUUACUUUUUUCGGAAAAUGUUGAGUAAAUCUAUA